CUUGUCAUUUUUGUUUAUCAACAAUGCCAAAUGACACGGCACAUCAUUUUUACUAAUAUUACAUUUACAAUAAAGCUACAAUUUUCGAUUUUUACAUAAUUUUAUCAUAAAAUUGAAAUGCAAAAAUGUUAUAAUCGGCAUAUACUGCGUUGCUGCAAAUUUAAUAAAUGUUAUUUUAGUGUUUAUGUCUAACGUGAUCUUAUUUACAAAGUUUUCGGAAUUAUUAACAAGGGAUCAUGUCCGAUAUCAUGAUAGAUCCGCUGCUGAUCAAAGAGGAGAUCAUAGAGAUAUCCGAUGAGGAAGAGGCCCCAAAGAAACGGAGGGUACGUAAGAAAAGGGCCCCAUCGGAGCGCUUGCCUUGCGAUCAGUGCGAGAAGACAUUUGUCACGAAUUACGAGCUAAAGAAACACACGAGGACCCACACGGGUGAAAGACCCUACAUGUGCACGACGUGCGGCAAAACCUAUACCCAACUAGGUCACCUAAGCACUCAUCAGCUCACUCACAGGGGCAUAAAGAACUUCCACUGCGGCGAAUGCUAUAUGGCGUUUUACAGGCGGGCCGAUUUAGAUAGGCACGAGAAAGUGCACACUGGCGAGAAGCCAUACACUUGCGAAGUGUGCUCGAAGAGUUUCACCCAGAAGAACAAUCUGGUGAUGCACCUGAAGAUGCACUUAGGGGACAGGGCCCACGAGUGUCCGGUCUGCAGAAAGAGGUUCAUGACGAAAAGCAAACUGGCCUCGCAUUCGAAGAGGCAUGAUAAAGAAAGAAAGAACAAAAGGUUUCACGAUGUAGAGUUUGAGUGAAGCUUAGUGCUUUGGACGUCCGCGCCAGGAUCGAUACUGGAGUCUGCGAAUCAGUACUGCGAACCAAGAGAAUACCGGGUGUUUCUACAGCAAACCACCAUAAAAAUGGGUUAUUAGUUAGAGUAGUAUGGUGAAUCGUUGUUUUUGUGAAGUUUUUAAGUAGUAGUAAGUAAUAGUAUUUGUGUUAUAUUGUAAUGGCAUUUGUAAAUCUGGUUUAGCUUUUUCACGAAACUAAGUUUCAGUAGUAUCUAGAGAUGUGUAGCUCCGGAGUAAGUGAUUUAAAAGAUAUAUAUCACUUACGCCGAUAGAACGUAUCACUAACUCACACUAGCUCCCGAAUGUAUCAGUAAUUCAGUUCUAGUUCACUAGAUCACUAGCUCUUUGUCUCAUGACAUGUAUCGUGAACUAGCGGCCGCUCCGGCUCCGCUCGGGUCUUUAACAAAAAUUUCAACGAUAUUUGACGUUGUUUUAUUUUUUUAAAUAAAAGAACACAUAUUGCGGCAUAACUAUAAUAGUUAAACAUAUUAUGCUGUCGCGACACUUUUUGUAAAUAUAAUAAUAAUGUAUUCUACAAAGUCAGUACACAGUACAUAAUUUUAUUCUAUCAUUAAUAGUUUUCGCAGGGCACGCGAUGUAAAGAAUAUUUAAUUUUUAGGUAUUUUUUUUACACUUUGGAUUACAUUAUUGGAGUUUUUGUAAGGAUCUCUAAUUUGUUUCAAAAAAGAUUAUAGCCUAUGUCACUCGGGAAUAGUGUAGCUUCCAAACAGUGAAAGAAUUUUUCAAAUCGGUUCAGUAGUUUCGGAGCCUAUUCAAUACAAACAAACAAACAAAUCUUUCCUCUUUAUAAUAUUAGUAUAUAUAUAGAUUGAUGAGCGAAUGAAAGAAAAAUGAAUGAAUGAGAUAGAUGCAUUGUGUGGCCGGCUGACCAUUACUUCACGCUAAUUUAGUUUCGAUGUAUUGGGUUGUCAAGGAAAAAUGUACAUUAUUUCGGAGCAAAGCUUAUAUUUUUAAAACUAAAUUUAUAUUUGCUUUAUUCUUACUUAAAAAGGUAGCCAUUAAUUUUCAAAGUUAAUAUUACGAAUAUUGCGAUGCUAUAUAUCAAAAAAAUAUAUAUUUAAAAAAGUUUCUUAAUGUGUUUAGUUCUAUUUUAGGCUGCAUGUUGUAAAUAUUCAAUGUUUAAUCAUAAAACAGUGUAAAUGAGGCCUAUAAAAUCAAAGGCAGCUAAACGCCUUAAUGUCGUAAAAUGGAUUAACAAUGGCGCUAUCUUGUUUAGUUAGUUGGACACGCUUUAGUGUUUUCAUGUCAUAACAAAUGCAGCUAAAUCUCUAACAAAUUCAGAUCAAAAAUUUUAUUUUUACUCCGUACUAAGAACUAAUAAACGAAGUUUUAUCAUUUAAAAUUCAGAUUAUUAGUAAUAUUCUCAUUCUUUAUAAAUGUGCUUUAAAAUAAAGAAUAUCGUAGCUAUCCGAACAAAGUUAUUUCAGCUUCUCAAACCGGGAGUGUUGCUAACACUGGCCCUAGCAAGAGCAGUGCUUCGAUGGAUCGGGAGGAUCCGUAAUGACGUGUUUAGGGCCGAUUUUUGUAGUUUACCUGAAUAUUUGACAGACUUGGAUUUAGCUGCCUUUGAUUUUAUAGGCCUCAAAUGAACUAUAUUGUGUAUUAGUAAGUAUAUAUAUAUAUAUAUAUAUAUAGGCCCUGACAGUUACAAAAUUAACUGACCAUUGUAAAUAAUCCAAUACAAAGUGAAUAAUAUACACUAUACAUAUGUAUACUGAGCUAAAUGUUCUAGACCAAGAAAUGAAUUAAUUGGGAGAUCAAUCAAUUGAAUUGGAUCACUGAGCUAGUGAUCUAAAUGAGCUAGUGAGCUAAAUGAGUGAUAUAUAUCUUUAGAGUGAAAUGAUAUGUAUCUAUCUUUUCUAUGCUGUCUAUAGUUAAACCUUGUAUGAUUUAAUGUCUAUGAUCAGCCCAUUGUUUAAUAUAGCCUCAAAUGACGUAAUGCUGGUACGUUCCAGUGAACUUUGGAAAGUUUUUCCUAUAACUUUACACGUUUGGAAAGGCUUCGUAGUUUCUAUUUGGAAGUUUGGAAUGUUUAACGACAAAGGGAAGAUCUUUCACCGCACGGAUGAUAUUGCUCGGUAGACCGACGUUCCAAAUGUUGUUGUUCGGAACUUGUAUAUAUGCAAGCUUAUCUUGAAAAUGCCGUUUUUUUUUAUUGCUUAGAUGGGUGGACGAGCUCACAGCCCACCUGGUGUUAAGUGGUUACGGGAGCCCAUAGACAUCUACAACGUAAAUGCGCCACCCACCUUGAGAUAUGAGUUCUAAGUUCUCAAGUAUAGUUAGUUACAACGGCUGCCCCACCCUUCCAACCGAAACGCAUUACUGUUUCACGGCAGAAGUAGGUAGGGCGGUGGUACCUACCCGCGCGGACUUACAAGAGGUCCUACCACCAGUAAUUACGCAAAUUAUAAUUUUGCGGGUUUGAUUUUUAUUACACGAUUUUAUUCCUUCACUGUGGAAGUCAAUCGUGGACAUUUGUUGAGUACGUAUUUCAUUAGAAAAAUUUGUACCCGUCUGCGGGAUUCGAACACCGGUGCAUCGCUAGAUACGAAUGCACCGGACAUCUUAUCCUUUAGGCCACGACGACUGUCAUGACAAAUGACAUGUUUUGGGCCGUGCAGAGCAUUCCACGCAACGGCUUAUAAAGAACUAAUUCCCCAACCGACGAUACCGAAACCGUGCUGCCACCUCUCGGGAAUCGUGCUGCGUCUCAUUUAUAUUUAAGAUCACCAAAUGUGCGUUACAAAUAAAUUAUAAAUUAUUGUAGUUAUGAUUCACUAUGGUUCACUAUUUUGGCUACAAAGGCUUACGUAUAAAAGAUAGAUAUAUGCUGUCGCAAGCUUUUUUGUAGGACUAUUUAAGAUAAACAUUUCCACUUUACAUUAUACACGUGUAACUCCAACGGUUUUCGCGGCGCACGUCAAAAUGGCUCGCAGAUGGCAUAUUUUUUUCCUACUUACUUGACAUUAAUCGUUAUAUUUUGGGUAAUUUACACUAUAUCUUUAUAAGUCAUAGCCUAUGUGUUAUUCUGAUGUGUAAGCUAUAUUAUUGUAAAGUUUCAUCAAAAUCCAUUCAGUAGUUUUUAAGAGUAAGAUUUAAAGAGUAAUAAACAUAAUCCAUACGUUCUCACAAACUUUCGCAUUUAUAAUAUUAGUAUUUCGAGUGAGCUUGUACGAUAUCGUACACCUUAGGGCCCUACAUUGACUGCUUCAGAUCGACACGAGUAAUCGCAACGAGACGGGCACCCGGCGUCUUAUAGGAUUUCAAGCCGCGCCAAUAAAGAAACGAAUCAAAAAUGGCGUCUAUGUACCUGCACUGACAGGUGGUAGGGUCAACAAAUAAAAAGAAAGAUAGAAAGAAAAAGUUGUUUAUUGUAAAAAAUAUAAAAAAGCAAAGGAGAAUAUACUUUACUUUACUUUAUGCCCUGGCAGAGGGGGGGGGGGUCUCAUCUGGGAUGCAACUUGCGUAAACACUUUUGCUGCCAGUCAUCUUUUUUUUUUUUAAGAGAUUUUAUGACCUGGUAACUGAGACCUUUAAGUCAUGUCUUAUUUUAAUGUAUAUUCAUAUUUUUAUGAAAAAUGAUAUUAUGGAGUGAAAUGAAAUGAAGAUGAUUAAUUUGAGACAUUAAUCAACUGGGAUGAAAUUAAAUGAGAUGAUAUGAGAUGAAAUAUAAUCUCAGUAAAAUGGUGGUCAUUUACUAAGAUUUUUUCAGUGGACUUUUUGGAGGAUCCCGAGAAGUUACAUCCAGCGGCUUUGUUUCAUUUUCCCACAUUUGUGCACUUUCACAGAUAUUAAACGGUUAAUAAACCACCAUUAUUACAAAUUUAAACCCGAAGAAACACUAAAUAGACAAAAUAAAACAAAUCACACAACUUCAUUCGUCGCGUUCCCGCCAAAAAGUCCGCCAGUCAUCUAAGUCGCACAACUCCAUAGUGAAUAAACUCGAACUCAACAACAAAGUCAGGACUGAUAAUUUUUUUUGCAUGCAGUACGCGCCGUGUGCGGCUAAAGACAGCAAUAGUUUAGAGUGAGAGCGCAUGAUCGCCGCCGCCAUUUUAGAUUCGUUUAUUGGCGCGGCAUAUAGGAUUUAAGUUUUCGCGGGUAGGAGAUUUUGACGAAGGAUGCUUGUGUGAAUUGUGGUCACCAGUACCACUCCAUAAUAUCCCGUCGAUUUGGUAAGGUGACUUAGGGUAUCACCGCAGAGUUGGCAGUGGCGUUCUCUAAGUAUAAUAUGAGUGCUCACAGAGUGUUCACGAGUGCUCAAAGCGCGUAAGCAGUACAAUCACGAGGACGCACGAUGAAAACCUGUCAGCAAUAAAUUUGUAUUGUUAAGUACGCAUCCGACUGAUCUUGUACCAUGGGAAAUGGAGAUUCAUACUCACAUGUGGAUCGCUACACGGUAACCACUGAUCAACGUAGAUUUUUUUAAUUUUUUUUUAUUGCUUAGAUGGGUGGACGAGCUCACAGCAUACCUGGUGUAAAGCGGUUACUGGAGCCCAUAGACACCUACAACGUAAAUGCGCCACCCACCUUGAGAUAUAAGUUCUAAGGGCUCAAGUAUAGUUGGAUCAUUACCAGAAUUGCCGGGUAAGCUAAGCGGAACGGGGUAUCAUUCCCCUACACAGGUUUUAACGUUCUAACAUCUAGAGCCCUCUCUGUAAUUUGUAGCAUCAAUAAGCAUAUCGUAGCUUUAAGUGUUGUAAAAAGCGUAUUGUUAUUUUAAAAUAAACGUUUUUAAAUUAAAUACAUAAAA